GACUUUGAUAUCUUCUGGUACUUUCUCUGUGAUCUGCUCUUGCCAUGGCAAGUAUGUGUCGACCUUCUUACGGUGCUCCUUGUGGAACACUCCUCCAGUUGCUUCAAUUUCUACUUUGCCAUCCAAGCUGGAAUGUUCGUAAAACAGCUUACAAUUCUGUUACAAAGAUCUUCCUCGCAACUUCACAGCUAGCCACUACACUUUUAGACGAGUUCUCGGAUUUUCUUUUCAUAACUGGGGACCAAAUUGUUUCUUCUAGAACCAGUGACGCAGAUAAUUUCGUGGAUCAUCAAGUUUCUUUCGUCCCUUCUGUAGAGGUUUUAGUGAAGGCUUUGAUUGUCAUUUCAUCGGCAGUAGUUACUGGACCUCCAAGCUCAUGGAUUGUUCGAGCCAUAUUCUGCUCGCAUCAUCCCAGCGUACUUGGUACUGGAAAAAGAAAAGAUGUUUGGAAGCAUCUACAAGAUCUUCCCGAUAAACUGUCUCAUGAUAUGCUCUCAGAGACUGACAUUAAGAGCUUUCAUACACCUGAGGCGAUGCUUUUAAGUGAGCAAGGUAUCUAUGUUGCUCAGACGAUUGGUGCCAAGUACACAAGCUGGAGCCGAUACUUACAUGGGACUGCUAAUCAUUCUCUAAAGAAAGGAUUGGCUGGUAGAGAAACUGCAAAUUUGGGGAGAAGGGACACUGCAAAGUUGACCAAGGGACACUACAAAGGAAAAACGGCAAAGGAAGAGUCACGGGAACUGAUGCUCAAAGAGGAGGCCUCAACACGGGAAAUUGUUCACAUGAUACAAAAAAGUCUUUCGUUGGUGCUUCAUGUCCUUGGGGAAAUUGGUCUUGCCAAUCCUGUGCUUUGCCACAGCCAGUUACCUUUUUUGUUCUUGCCAAGAUCCUUGGCUGCUCAGUUCCAGAAGUACUUGCAGCUUGUUUUACCGGCCAUUCUGGAUGGUUUUGCCGAUGAGAAUGAAUCUGUUCAUGAUGCAGCCCUGGGGGCUGGCCAUAUACUGAGUCUACUUGGACCAAUGGGUUUAAUGAGUCCUAAAACUCCUGAGCAGCAAGCGGCAGUAUAUUCCUUGUCCACCAUGAUGUCUCUUGCACCAGAGGUUACAUUCACAGUGUUUAAGAUGCAUCUACAAGACCUUCCAGAUCGACUGUCUCAUAAUAUGCUUUCAGAGACUGACAUUAAGAUCUUUCAUACACCUGAGGGAAUGCUUUUAAGUGAGCAAGGUAUCUAUGUUGCUCAGACGAUUGGUGCCAAGUACACAAAGCAGGAGCCGAGUUUUAAUCCAGGAAGGCAAGGAAUAACCUUAGCACUGCAAUCUGCUGCUGACAACAGAGGACCUUCCUGCUGUUAUGACCUUUUUGAUAUCCCGCGCACUGGUAUUUCUUCUCAUCUUGCUGAUCCCAACACAUAUGUUCGUGGAAAGAGGAUCAAUGCUGGUAUCAUGAUUAUUGAUAAGCAUGGCAAAGAAAACGCAUCUGAUGAAGAGGAAUAUGACCUGGAUGAUCCUAAAGUCCAUAAUGUUGUGGAAAAGCUGUUGGAGGUGUUGAACACACCAUCAGAAUCUGUGAAACGAGCAGUCUCAACAUGCCCUUCUCCACUUGUGCUAUCAAAGCAAGAGGAUGCCCCUGCCAUUUUUUUGAGGCUCUUGGAUAAGCUAAUGAAGAGUGAUAAAUAUGGUGAGCGUAGAGGAGCAGCUUUUGGUCUUGCGGGAGUAGUUAUGGGCUUUGGAAUUUCUAGCUUGAAGAAAUAUGGUCUUAUAGUCACUUUGCAAGAAGCACUUAAAUUGACAGAUGAACCUGGUAAACAAGUGUGUAGCGCAAUCAAGCUUAAGAAUACUAGCAAAUCUCAUACUGCAUUCAAGUUUGAUGAGCAAAAGGAUCAAGUAGCAGUGGAGCAGGCAUUGGAGAAAAUGAAUCGUCAAUUGGAUGAAGCUGAAGCUGCAGUUGAAGCAAGAAAGAAGCCUCCCCCAGAGACAGGGCCUCGAGUGGUCGGGGAGGGUCUUGUCAUAGACGAAUGGGUUCUUGUGGAUCCAAUUCCCGAGACUUCUAAUCAUUCUCUAAAGAAAGGAUUGGCUGGUAGAGAAACUACAAAUUUGGGGAGAAGGGACACUGCAAAGUUGACCAAGAAAGCUGAAAAAGGAAAAACGGCAAAGGAAGAGGCAAGGGAACUGAUGCUCAAAGAGGAGGCCUCAAAAAAGUCUUUCGUUGGGGAGAUGGGUCUUGCCAAUCCUGUGUUUUGUCACAGCCAGUUACCUUUUUGGUAUGCUACUUUUUUGGAUCCAUUGCUGCGAUCACCUAUUGUAAGUGCUGCAGCCUUUGAAAACUUGGAGAUGCUUGCAAGGUGUACAGUUCAGCCACUGUGUAACUGGGCUCUCGAAAUUUCAACUUCUCUGCGCUUGACCGCGAUUGAUGAACUUGAUGCUUCAUCUGAUUUUCGUCCAUCAAUUGACAAGAUUGGGAAAACAUAUGAGGACAACUAUAAAUGGUGUACCCAUACUGGAGCGAAUUUUACUGUCAUCAAAGCGGACAAACUUCAUAGUGAUGCGCUCUACGGAGUCUAUUCAAAAGAUGUUCAUGUCAGAAUGGCCUGCUUAAACGCUGUAAAGUGUAUUCCUGCUGUUUCCAAAUGCUCCCUUCCUCAGAAUGGAAUUGCCUUAGCACUGCAAUCUGCUGCUGAUGUAUUGACAACAAAGGACCUUCCUGCUGCUGAUCCCAACACAGAUGUUCAUGGAAAGAUCACCAAAUCUGGUAACAUGAUGAUUGAUAAGCAUGGCAAAGAAAACGUUUCAUUGUUGUUCCCCAUCUUUGAAAAUUAUUUAAAUAAAGAGGCAUCUGAUGAGGAGGAAUAUGACCUGGUUCGGGGUGUUGUUAUAUUCUCCGGAGCACUUAGCAAGAUGCUGCUCCUUAGAAAUAAGGUUCAGUUACUAAACUUGGGCCUUGAAGAUAAAGCAUGGAGAACAAAGCAAAGCAGUGUACAGCUCCUCGGUGCUAUGGCAUUUUCUGUUCCUCAGCAACUGUCUCAAUGCCUUCCUAGGGCUGUGCCAAAACUUACAGAGGUUUUGACUGAUACACAUCCAAAAGUCCAGUCAGCUGGGCAGUUAGCACUUCAGUAUGUCAUAAAGAACCCAGAGAUAUCAUCUCUUGUCCCCACUCUUCUAUUGGCCUUAACAGAUCCCAGUGAGUACACACGACAUUCUCUUGACAUCCUUCUUCAAACAGCAUUCGUUAAUUCUGUUGAUGGCCCCUCGCUUGCACUAUUGCCAAAGGAUAUGUUUCCUUACAUAGGAUUGCUCCUUCCUGAGGUUCUUGUGGAUCCAAUUCCCGAGGUACUUUCUGUUGCAGCAAGGGCUGUUGGGUCACUUAUUAGAGGAAUGGGAGAGGAUAAUUUCCCAGAUCUUGUUCCGUGGUUGUUUGAAACUCUAAAAUCUGAUAUAAGCAAUGUUGAAAGAUCUGGAGCUGCUCAGGGAUUAAGUGAGGUUAUAGCAGCUCUUGGGACAGAUUACUUUGAGAAUAUACUUCCUGACCUCAUUCGUCAUUGUUCUCAUCAAAAAGCAUCGGUCCGAGAUGGAUACCUUACGCUUUUCAAGUUCUUACCAAGAUCCUUGGGUGCUCAAUUCGAGAAGUACUUGCAGCUUGUCUUACCGGCCAUUCUGAAUGGUCUUGCCCAUGAGAAUGAAUCUGUUCGGGAUGCAGCCCUAGGGGCUGGCCAUGUACUGGUGGAGCACCAUGCUACAACGUCUCUACCUCUUAUUCGUCCAGUUGUGGAGGAUGGUAUUUUCAAUGCUAAUUGGCGUAUCCGUCAAAGUUUCGUUGAACUGCUUGGGGAUCUAUUGUUCAAGCUAGCAGGAAGAUCACUUGGAGAGCUGGUUAGGAAGCUUGGUGAAAGGGUGCUUCCUCUUAUCAUUCCAAAAUUAUCUAAGGGACUGACAGACCCAGAUGUUGACAAAAGACAAGAUGUAUGCAUUGGCCUGAAUGAAGUGAUGGCAACUGCUGGGAGGAGUCUGUUGCUGAGUUUCAUGGAUCAGCUCAUUCCCACAAUUCGGACGUCACUUUGUGAUAGCACUCUGUAUAAGAGUGCUGGAUUGCAAGCAAUGGAUGAGAUUAUCCCAACUCUUCUGGAAGCCUUAGAAGAUGAUGAAAUGUCUACUACUGCCUUGGAUGGACUUAAACAAAUUAUAAGUGUUAGGACAGCAGCUGUUCUUCCACACAUCUUGUCCAAGCUUGUCCAUCUUCCUCUCUCAUAUGUUGCUGGUGCUGGUUUUAACACGCAUCUCGGGACCAUACUUCCUAUUUUGCUCUCUGCAAUGGGAGAUGAAAACAAGGAAGUCCAAGAACUGGCACAAGAGGCCGCAGAGAGGGUGGUCCUUUUCAUUGAUGAAGAAGGAGUUGAGAAAUUCUCAAAGGAGUGUCUGAUAGUCAGAAGUUACGCAUAUCUGAUUGGUUACUUCUUCAAGAGUAGCAAGCUUUACUUAAUUGAUGAAGCUCCAAACAUGAUAUCUACCUUGAUUGUUAUGCUCAGUGAUUCUGAUUCAACAACUGUUACGGUUUCCUGGGAAACUUUGGCUAGGGUUAUUGGUUCAGUUCCAAAGGAAGUACUUCCUUCAUAUAUAAAACUUGUACGUGAUGUUGUAUCUACAGCUAGGGACCAAGAGCGCAUGAAGCGGAAGGAUGAUCUUAAAGUCCAUAAGAUUGUGGAAAAACUGUUGGAGGUGUUGAAUUCACCAUCAGAAUCUGUGCAACGUCUAUCGUCGUUUGUCUCUGAUGAUUUGUUAGAAGGAGGCCCCUGGCCUUUUUUCAGGCUCUUGGAUAAGCUAAUGGAGAGUGAUAAAUAUGGUGAGCGUAGAGAAGCAGCGUUUGGUGUUGAGAGAGUAGUUAUGGGCUUUGGAAUUUCUAGCUUGACGAAAUAUGGUCUUAUAGUUACUCCGCAAGAAGCACUUAUUGACAGUAUGUGUCGACCUUCUUGCGGUGCUCCUUGUGGAACACUCCUCCAGUUACUUCUCUUUCUAGUUUUCCAUCCAAGCUGGAAUGUUCGUAAAACAGUUUACAAUUUUGUUACGAAGAUCUUUCUCGCAACUUCACAGCUAGCCACUACUCUUUUAGACGAGUUCUCGGAUUUCCUUUCCAUAACUGGGGACCAGAUCGUUUCUUCUAGAACCAGAUGUGUUAGUGAAGGCUUUGAUUAUCAUUCAGUUGCUGGACCUUCUAGCUCAUGGAUUGUUCGUGCCAUAUUUUACUUGCAUCAUCCCAGCAUCGUUGGUACUAGAAAAAGAGAUGUUGUUUGGAAGAGAUUGCAAAAUUUUCUCAAACCCCGUGGUUAUGAUGUUGCUACUUUUUGUCUACCAAUAGAGAAAGUGUUUGCAAGGGAUGAUAUAGUAAUUUGGGUGCAAAAGAAGACUGGUGCACCAAUCAUUACACUUAAUUCAGUUGUUGAAGCUCAGAGAUUUCUGAACAAGUUUGAGGGUUCUGAACAUAACGAAUUCGUGAAAGCUGCAAAAUCAGAUGAUGAAAUCCAGUUUGUAGAAACAAGCGACAACGAUGUUGAGAAACUUCUUAUUCCUGACCUUAAAAGCAGUAAUGUGUUUAUUGGGAUGGUGAAAAUUGAGGCUGAAAGGUACACUGUAUAUGAUGGAUCUUACAAAAUGGAGAAGAUAUUGGAGUUUCUAGGCAGCAACAAGUUUCCGUUGAUUACAAAAUUGACUGAUACCAAUACUGUUUGGGUUUACUCUAGUCCUGUUAUGCUCUUCUCCAAGGCUGAUGAUUUUCAGAAACUUGCUCAGGCUCUUGAAGAUAUUGAGUUGUGUUCAGGACUCGCUCAUGGAGUUGUUUCACGCUACUAUAAGUCAGAGCCAGUUCCAUAUAAUAGUUCUAAUCAUUCUCUACGCCACUCUAGGAAAAAAAGAGAGCAGAAGAAGUAUAAAUCCUGCGAGGAAAAAGCCUUCAAUGCCUUCGCCUCAAAGAUUAAGGAGCCAGAGUCCACGAAAGAAGAACUAACUUGGCACCUCUGCAGUGACGCAGAUAAUCCCGUGGAUCAUCAAGCUCCUUUCGUCCCUUCUGUAGAGGUUUUAGUGAAGGCUUUGAUUGUCAUUUCAUCGGCAGCAGUUACUGGACCUCCAAGCUCAUGGAUUGUUCGAGCCAUAUUCUGCUCGCAUCAUCCCAGCGUAGUUGGUACUGGAACAAGAGAAGAUGUUUGGAAGAUCUUUCAAACACCGGAGGGGAUGAUUUUAAAUGAACAAGCUAUCUAUGUUGCUCAGACGAUUGGUGCCAAGUACACAAACCAGGAGCCGGCUAGAGAAGCUGCAAAUUCGGGGAGAAGGGACACUGCAAAGUUGGCCAAGAAAGCUGGAAGAGGCACGGGAACUGAUGCUCAAAGAGGAGGCCUCAACACGCUAAAAUGUUCACAGGAGAUGCCCUUGAGGAGAUGGGUCUUGCUAAUCAUGUGUUUUGUAACAGCUAGUUACCUUUUUGAGAGAAUUAUACACAGUCAGUGGCUGAAUCAGCAGAUGAUAUAUGGCCAUGGUCAUGAUUUGGGGACUGAUUAUUCAGGAAUCUUUAAAGCACUUUCUCAUAUAAAUCUCAAUAUUAAUUGGUCUUUACACUUUAUUUCUCUGUACAUCCGUGAUGCGACGUCUGGCGAGGAUGUCUUUGAUGCUGGUUGGAUGGGAAGGCAAGGAAUUGCCUUAGCACUGCAAUCUGCUGCUGACGUAUUGACAACAAAGGACCAUCCUGCUGUUAUGACCUUUUUGAUAUCCCGCGCACUGGCUGAUCCCAACACAUAUGUUCGUGGAAAGAUGAUCAAUGCUGGUAUCAUGAUUAUUGAUAAGCAUGGCAAAGAAAACGCAUCUGAUGAAGAGGAAUAUGACCUGGUUCGUGAGGGUGUUGUUAUAUUCACUGGAUCACUAGCAAAGCACUUGGCAAAAGAUGAUCCUAAAGUCCAUAAUGUUGUGGAAAAUCUGUUGGAGGUGUUGAACACACCAUCAGACUCUGUGCAACGAGCAGUCUUAACAUGCCUUUCUCCACUUGUGCUAUCAAAGCAAGCAAAACUCAGGGCGGGAGAUAUAGAAAUCAUUAGAGGAAGAUUCCUUUGCCUCAUAGACUAUGGAGUCAGAGUCCAAGAAGGAUAUCUUAGGAUUCUGAAGUUUCUCACCUCAAGCAACGACUCAAUGAAAAUAAUGUUCUAUGGAUACUGCGCUGCGCAAAUAGAAUUCGAGGAACAUCGGCAGCAUGAGCAGCUGCUUAAGAGAGAAAAUGAAUUCCUAAAUGAUAUCAACAUAACGCACGCUAAACAUAAGGCAGCAAGUGUAACAGGAGAGGCACUUGAACAACUCAAGAAAAAACUUGGUUUACUUGAAAGUGAAAUACGCCACUCUAGUUUAAAGGUUCCAUUAAAAGCUUCAAUCCCGAAGCUCGAAAAGAUAGUGGGUAGGUCUCCUUUCGAAGUUAAUGGACAGUGCUUCUAUUUUUCUUCUAUUGGCCUGAAGUCUGACUCUUCUUUUGUUGAUUCCGCUGAAGGCAAAUCUAGUAGUUUUCCACUUAUUUUGCAGUUCAGGGAAGGAAGGAACUUAACAAACCGAGGAAAGGCUUCAAAAGGCUCUAACCUGAGUGAACUCUAUGGCUCACUGACCGCCGUUAAGGGAUUUCGGGCUAAAAAGGUAACAACUUUGUAUUUAAACCUCUACAUAGUAAUAGCUAGCGUUACUUUAGUCGUUGUCUUGUUGUUCCUCUGAAGUAUAUUCAGUCAAUGUAUUUCAGUCAUUUUUGGAUAGUAAGUGUUGAAGAUAUCAGAGUUGCUUCAACUUAAUUUUUCAGAUUCACGAGAAUGGGGAAGUUUUCUUUCGAUAGAACUAUAGGAAAAAGGAUUUUAUAAGUAUGUGAUACUAAAAUGAAACUUCUCCUGUCUU